CAUUCACGCUGCUCUGCUCGCUCAUUGCACUUUCCUGGCAAACCAACAAUGGCGGCCGCCAAUCUCCUCUUUCAAUCCCCGACGACCCUCCCAACCAAAUCGCUGAAGCUUUCUUCUGCCCCCGGCUUUGCUUCCCGCAUUCUUCCCUUCAAAUCGAAGCCGAUUUCGUGCAAUUUGCUGUCUCGACUUCCAAGGGCAGUUCUCUCUACCUCGGAGCCGCAAACGCAGGGGUUUAGGCACUGUUUUUCCAAGUCUGAAGAUGGGUACCUUUGCUGCGAUGGCGUUAGAGUUGAGGAAGUCAUGGAAACUGUGGACAGAAGGCCGUUUUAUUUGUACAGUAAGAAACAGAUUACUCGGAACGUCGAGGCGUAUAAGGACGCAUUGAAGGGAUUGAACUCGAUUAUCGGCUACGCUAUCAAGGCGAAUAAUAAUCUCAAGAUUUUGGAGCAUUUGAGGAAGCUGGGAUGUGGAGCUGUCCUCGUCAGUGGAAAUGAACUCAAGUUAGCUGUCCACGCUGGAUUUGAUCCUACAAGGUGCGUCUUUAAUGGGAAUGGGAAGACACUGGAGGAUCUAACAUUGGCAGCUGAACAAGGAGUUUUUGUCAACAUUGAUAGUGAAUUUGAUUUGGAAAACAUUGUGGCUGCUGCAAGAAUUGUUGGGAAAAGGGUUAAUGUUUUGUUGCGUAUCAAUCCCGAUGUUGAUCCUCAGGUCCAUCCUUAUGUUGCUACCGGAAAUAAAAACUCCAAAUUUGGUAUUAGAAAUGAGAAGCUGCAAUGGUUUCUGGAUGCGGUGAAAGAACAUUCAAAAGAGUUGAAACUCGUGGGCGCUCACUGUCAUCUUGGUUCUACCAUUACAAAGGUAGAUAUCUUUAGGGAUGCUGCUGUUUUGAUGGUGAAAUACAUUGAUCAGAUUCGCUCCCAAGGUUUCAAGAUAGAUUAUUUAAACAUUGGAGGUGGUCUGGGUAUAGAUUAUUACCACACUGGAGCUGUCCUUCCGACUCCCCAAGACUUAAUAGAUACUGUUCGUGAAUUGGUUAUUUCGCGGGAUCUGAAUCUCAUAAUUGAACCCGGAAGAUCCCUCAUUGCCAACACUUGCUGCUUUGUCAACCGUGUCACUGGGGUCAAGACCAAUGGAACAAAGAAUUUUAUUGUCAUCGAUGGCAGCAUGGCAGAGCUCAUUCGUCCGAGUUUGUACGGAGCAUACCAGCACAUAGAUCUGGUUUCCCCAGCACCUCCUGAUUCUCAAAUUUCCACUUUUGAUGUUGUUGGUCCUGUUUGUGAGUCAGCUGAUUUCCUAGGGAAGGAUCGAGAACUGCCAACACCAACAAAGGGAAUGGGAUUGGUCGUUCAUGAUGCGGGUGCUUACUGCAUGAGCAUGGCUUCAACAUACAAUCUGAAAAUGCGUCCGCCUGAAUAUUGGGUCGAAGAUGACGGGUCAGUGUCCAAAAUCCGGCAUGGGGAGUCGUUUGAGGAUCAUUUGAGGUUCUUUGAGGGCCUUUAAGGUGCUGCAUUCAUCAUCAUCAUCAUCGUCGUAGCUGGAUUUGGUGCGACAAGAAUCAAUAUUAUUAGGUAUGAGUUGUUUUAAGUUACUAUUCCCAGGCUGGCUGUUGUAUCAGAUAGAUUGUUUUUUGUUUGGCUGACUGAAAUUUUGGUGUUAAGCGUUGUACUAGUUCAGUUAAUAAUUCGCAUUUGUCUUGUUUGCUGCCUU